AUGAAUAGCCCUGUUACUUUCAUGUUGCAAUCUAUUAAACAAGGCACUUUGACUGGACAAUUUGGAACGGUGGGAGGAUACUUUGCAAAUUUCCUCAGGUGGUAUUGUGUUCCGGAGGGUAAGAACUCUGCAACCGAGGAGCGUCACAUAGGAAAGGUGAUUAUGCAAGCCUUAAUCUUCUCUUCAACUACUUCAUCAACACCUUGCCUACAACCCAAAGAAAUACCUGGCUUGGCAAGCUUCAAGGGUAGAGUGGCUACUGUGCGAACAUUUUAUCAAAACUGGUGCUGCCAAGGAACAGCUUCUCAUGAAGGAUGGGCUCUCACCAGAGCCGUGAUCAUUGAAUAUGUGACUCAUGCAAGCACCUGUACGGAUGUAGAUUUACUUGCAUGCCUGUCAACAAGUGUGAUGGUGAAUUAUCUUUUGUCUCAACAUAUCUCCUUGGAGGGUGAGGGUUACAAGGGGGGCCCAUAG